AUGAGACUGCUGAUUACAGCUGCCAGACGAAUUCAUAAACGGCCUCUGUGCAGUUCCACAUCAUGUAUAAGUUCGGCAGCGAGUUGCUCCGGAGCUGCUACGAAGAGCGGCCUGCAGUUCAGAGAUGACCAGCUAAUCUGCGGUUCGACCCGGGAGUUGGUCCAGAGGCUUCGCGGACAGGUGGACGUGAGGAUGGAAUUCAUAAGUGAGGAAGAGGAGGGUGCUCUCAUUAAAGAACUCGAGCCUGGGCUGAGGAAGAAAAUAUAUGAGUUCGACCACUGGGACGAUGUAAGUUGUAAAUUGACCUUGCUUGUUGACUACAAAGUGCCUAGAUAAAGGAUGUGGCUAAAGCUGCUGCACGUCCUCCGCUCCAACCUACACUCAGAGGGGCUGCUUCAGUAUGCAAGGAGGAACUCUUUUGGUUAAUUUCCCUAUUGGCAUCAUGCAAAUGCUUUGUAGUCUUAUAUUUCACUUACAAACAUGUAUAGAAAACAGUUCGCAGCAAUAACAACAAUAUCCAUAUUCUACUAGAUGCUGUAAAGUUUCAUAUUUGGAUUGAGUUAGGCUAUUAAUCAUCGUCAUCAUGCAUUAAAAGUUUAAUAGAUCUUCAUUUAGAUAGAGAAAUCAGGGCCCGGUUUCCCAAUAGCGAUGCAAUUUAGGCUUAUGCGUGUUUUAACGAUGCAUCGGCCGAAGAUGUAACAUGCGUUUCCCAAAACACCACGCAGAAAGAACGUUUGCCAAGUGCAUCGUUGGAUCGUUUAUUGAUACUGAUAGGUAUGAGAGAAAAAAGUUAGCUGUACUCUCAGAUCAGCUUUCUCCAUUUAAAUCUCACCUUCACUUUAGAAUUAUUCCACAAUAAUAGCUCCAGAGAGAUAUUAGCUCCAGAGAGAUAUUAUCACCUAGGUCUAUAUGACUGCAAUUAUUGAGGCUGCUUAUUGUAAUACUUACCCAAUAGUUAUGCACUAAAUCACAGAUUUGGCACAAUAUUGCACACGUUACACAUCAUGAAAUACACUGAACAAAAAUAUAAACGCAACAUGUAAAGUGUUGGUCCCAUGUUUCAUGAGCUGAAAUACAAAAUCCCAGACAUUUUCCAUACGCACAAAAAGCUUAUCUCUCUCAAAUGUUGUGCACAAAUUUGUUUACAUCCCUGUUAGUGAGCAUUUCUUCUAUGCCAAGAGAAUCCAUCCACCUGACAGGUGUUGCAUAUCAAUAAGCUGAUUAAACAGCAUGAUCAUUACACAGGUGCACCUUGUGCUAGGUACAAUAAAAGGCCACUCUAAGGUGGUGAGGAGUAUUUCUGUCUGUAAUAAAGUCCUUUUGUGGAGAAAAAACUCAUUCUGAUUGGCAGGGCCUGGCUCUCCAGUGGGUGAGCCUGGCUGCCAAGUAGGUGGGCCUAUGCCCUCCAAGGCCCACCCAUGGCUGCACCCCUGCCCAGUCAUGUGAAAUCCAUAGAUUAGGGCCUAAUUUAUUUAUUUCAAUUGACUGUUUUCCUUAUAUGAACUGUAAAUCUUUGAAAUUGUUGCAUGUUGUGUUUUAUAUUUGUGUUCAGUGGAGAGAGCGUAGAAGUGAGAAGGAAUAGAUCAGCUAGCUGCAGGCAAGAGUGUGAGGCAAAAAUAACAGAAAGUGUAGCCUACAAUUAGCAAAAUAGAACUCAAUUUACUGAACAUGAAAUAGAUUUCAACAUGAUUGAAAUAUAUGGGCCUAUGUCAGUGGUGGUUGGUGCCGUUUAAGAUGAGGGAGGAAGAUUAUUUUUAUGAUGAGCAUGGCCUUAUUUAUAUUACAGCAUAUUAGAUGACUGUCAUUCAUAUUUCAUUUACCCAGCUCAAUGUAACAUCGAUAGGUUUAGGCUACUACAUGAUACUACUUCAUGAUUUUCCCUAUACCCAUCAUAAGGUUGCUACAAUCUAGCCUAUGAAUGAAAGUUUACAACGUAGGUGCACUGCUCGAGAGAAAAUAGAGUAAUCAAGGUGACAGACAAUGACACAUUCAAUACCGCCUUGUACACUCUUGCCUGCAGCUAGCUGAUCUAUUCCUUCUAACUUCUACGCUCUCUCCUCCUCUCAUCUUUUCCCUUUGCUUGUAGACUUCAGUGCACAACAAAUCAGUUGUCUGUGACCAGGCGAAAAUACCUUUCCAAGCCAAACCUUCAUAUCAUAACCGCUAACCGCUACACUCAGCCUACAUCGUUGUCACCAUAUUAGCUAACGUCAUAGUCAACAAAGCUACUAGAACUAACGCGUUAGUAAACCCAUUACAAUCAUGCAGUACUGUGUACAGUCAAUAAAUUAAUAAAACCAAAAGCUUACCUUGACUUUGAAGAGUUCCAGUGUUGGAUAGCCAUAGCCAGCUAGCUAAGUAGCAUCCCUCUCUGUCUGAGCUGGGUGUUUUGAGUAGGCAGCUAAGUGAAAGUGAAGAGCAAAGCCUAUUCAUGGUUACCGGGAGACCGAGUAUGCUCGGUGGGGAGCUGUGUGUGAGGGGGGAAUGGAUCGCCUCCGAGCUGUGGCUUUCUCUGAGGGCAGCCCUCUCCUAGGCCCUGUGCAUAUCCUGGACCUGGACAAGGCUGGAUACAUCAAACCACACAUCGACAGUGUCAAGGUAGGUAGACGGCUCUCAUAUUAACCUGAAAUGCAUGAUAAAUAUGGAACAUGGUGUUCUGUGUGCUAGAAUUUUGCCCUGACAUGAUUAUUGAGUGGGCACAAUGUGAAUACUUUUUGGGCAAAAGUGUUGUUUCUUUUACAAUGCUGUUUGGAACUCUGUCAUUCUCUCGUCCCACCUCACCCCUUUUUGUUUGUCUUUCAUCCUGCCUCUCUCUCUCCCUUUCUCUUUCACUGUCUCCCUGCCCCCUUCUAUCCCUUCCUCUCCUCUCUCUCUCUGUCAGUUCUGUGGCAGCUCUAUAGCAGGGCUGAGUUUGUUGUCAGACAGUGUGAUGCGCUUGGUGAGGGAGGAUGAACCCGCUGAAUGGCUGGACUUGUUUCUGCCGCAUCGCUCUCUCUACAUACUC